AGCGGCGGCGGCGUGGCCGCGUAGGGUGACUGGAUUCCUCUGCUCCGGAGGCGGUGGCGGGGCCCCUGCGCGGCUCGGCGGUGGGGAGGGAGACCAUGCGGAAAGUGGUGGUGGUCACCGGGGCCAGCAGUGGCGUUGGCCUGGCUCUCUGCAAGCGGCUGCUGGAGGAAGACGAUGAGCUGCACAUGUGCUUGGCGUGCAGGAACGUGGGCAAAGCGGAGGCUGUCCGCGCCGCGCUGCUGGCCGCUCACCCCGCCGCCGAGGUCAGCGUCGUGCAGGUGGAUGUCAGCAACCUCCGGUCAGUCAUCCGGGCCGCCAGGGAGCUCAAGCAAAGGUUUCAGAGAUUAGACUAUGUCUAUCUGAAUGCUGGGAUCAUGCCCAAUCCACAGCUGAAUAUCAAAGCACUUUUCUCUGGCCUCUUUUCAAGAAAAGUGAUUCAUAUGUUCUCUACAGCUGAAGGACUGCUGACCCAGGAAGAUAAAGUCACUGCCGAUGGGCUCCAGGAGGUGUUUGAAACCAACGUCUUUGGCCACUUUAUUCUGGUAAAAGGACUGGGCUCAAGAAGCUCAUAUUAGUGCUAGAAUCCUAAAGGCUGGCAUGGACAUGUCCCAGGCCUGUUUGUUAAGCUCAUUAAUUUAUGGCUAGCAUAAAAUCCUUGAGUAUUUAAAUGGGGUGAUCACUGCACUCUGUGAAAACAUUGCUUCCCUAAAGCAUUUGAUUGAUAUAUUUUCUUUUUUUUCUUUUGGUGUCAAUUUUAGAGAGCAGAGACAAAGUGAGAAAGAAACACACAGGUGCCUUCAGAAACAAUGUACAGAACUGUGAGGAGGUGUACCAGUCCUGUUCUGAACGGUCUUUGAAACUGGGCUUGGUGCCAGAUAGGAGAGGGGAGUGGGCAAGCCACUGUUAAACAAGAGUCCAUAAUUAGGCUCUUAUUAUCUUGACUUCUGAUUCUUCAGCAUCUAUACCGUGUGUUAUAGUUCCAGGCACACAUGCAUGUAAGCAAGAGACGUGUAGCUUGUCUCACCUGUUCUGCACUCUUGCUCAGGCAUGAUCCCAGGGGACAGCUCUACUGUCUAGAUUAAAUAAUGCCCAACUGUGUCGCUGGUGGCCUGUCAUUGCCCGGUGUUGGAGGAACCCCGAUGCUGGGUUGGCCUGCACAGAGCCUGUAUUUCUGACGCCUCUCUAUUCACCGCCACUCUUCUUCACCUUCAGCCCCAUUUCCCUUAACAUUGGAACUCUUUGAGCACUCGCCUGUAUUUACAGUAAAUGAAGAUGUAGGCAAAUGUUGGGAUAUUGUGGACCCACUAAAAGAAAUGAGGUAAAUGUUUUGCACUUAUGUGGGACAGCCUCUCAUAUUUUAUUAUGAAGAAGAAAUAGCAGGGGCCUGUAUGUAUAGUGUGAGCUCAUUUGUAGAAACAGAAGAAAAUCCAUCUCUAUGUAGUGUAUAUAAAUGUAUAUAAUAUUUC